GUCCAGAUGUUAACACAUUGUGUGAGUACUCAUUCUGGGUCACCAUCAUAGCUAACUCUAACGUACUGACAUACCAUGUAGUACAUGUACGUCACCCCGCCUACAACUAGCCAAAUCAAUAUGUUGUGGUAUUCCCACUUGCCUGGCAGUACCGAUCAUGCAGACAUUAAAUUAUCGGAUUUAACGGGGAAAUGAUUAUGGUAUACCUGGUAAUCCUUCUAUAACAUUGACUACAUGUAUGUGUAAAAGUGAUAUAAUGUAUACCAUGAAAACGUGGAUGAGAAGUCAUGUUCAUAUGAUAAAGAAUGAGAAAAAUACGCCAAUGUAACCGUACAGAACAUUAUCGAUCAAUGGCACACUCGUAUCCACACACAAUGUAUGUGUACGGUGAGCUUGGAAUGCAUCUCUGGGGGACGAAGUCUAAAUCAGAGCUCAGCAGUUUCUCAACCUGUCUUUUGGAUCAUAGGAUAUUCUACAUGAACAAUAGCAUCGAUGACGUGGACAUGAUGGGUAAAAUAUGACGUCACAACACACCGAGUGAGAGGAAGUAAAAAUGUGAUGAUAACUUUCAGUUCAGAUGUCAAAGAAGAAAGAGAAACUCAGCGCAUGAAGGAAUGAUUACACAAUGUGGAAGAGGAAAAAAAUUAAGAUAGGAAGCUUAAUUAUCUGCUUCAGCUUAGUAUUCAUCUUUUGGAUUCAAACUGACACCGCGACUCUUAAUGACCAAUCGCCGUACCUACGUCAGAGCUCGUUAUCCUGGAAUGAAUUCCCUUUACCACAUGUAAGCAAACAAAGUUUUCACGGACAGAAGCGAAAUGUUUUUAACGUAGAGUGUGCUAAAAUUAUAGAGGGAGACCGAUCAGAAAUUAAUAAAGCAAAACGGAUAAACGUCCAGGAUGUAAAGAAUAUAACGUUACGUGAUAAUACAUAUAUAGAAAUGACUAAAGAUUGUGCCAAAUUCAAACGCGAUAGAGGCUACAUGGGCCUCGAAACUGUCACAUACGAAGAACGGAACUUUCCGAUUUCUUUCAGUAUCCUCCUUUAUAAGGACGUAGGGCAAAUGGAGCGGCUAUUACGGGCUAUUUACAGACCACAUAACAUAUAUUGCUUACAUGUGGAUUUAAGUGCAAAACAUGUUGUUCAUGAAGCCACCCGGUCAAUAGUGAAGUGUUUCGACAACAUCUUCAUCAGUUCAAAGCUAGAGGACGUGGUAUAUGAAGGGAUGACAAGACUGAGAGCUGACCUCAACUGCAUGAGUGAUUUAUUAGCAGCAAAAGUGAAGUGGAAAUACUUCAUUAAUUUACCAAGUCAACAGUUUCCUUUAAAAACGAAUAGAGAGAUGGUGAAAAUACUCAGUUUAUAUAAUGGUGCUAACGAUAUCGAAGGAAUUACGAAACCUGGUCGAAUGAUGCGUGGACGGUAUAAAACAAAGUUCGUUCAAGUUGGCAAAACGCUUCGCAACACCGGCAAGACGAAGGAGGAUCCUCCACACAAUAUUUCCAUUGUUAAAGGGAGUGCUUAUGGAAUAUUUAGUAGAAAGUUUGUAGAUUUCAUAUUGACCAACCAAACAUCGAAAGAUCUGUUGGUCUGGAUGGAAGAGGUGAGAAGCCCUGAUGAAUACUAUUGGGCGACCCUUCAACAUGAUAAAAGCAUCGGCGCCCCUGGAGGCUACACAAGCGUGCCGGACAAGAAACCAUGGCUGGCUACCUACGCUAUUUGGGGUGGCGUUAGUGCGUGUCACGGCCGGUUCGUGAGGGGCGUGUGUGUGUUCGGAGCCGGAGACCUGCAGGAACUUGUUUCGCGCAAGGAGAUGUUUGCAAAUAAAUUCUACUAUGACUACCAGCCAAUGGCAUUGGCCUGUAUGGAAGAGUGGCUUCAAAAUAAGACGUAUUCUGCUUUACCAUUUGAGACGUAUUUCUAUAAAAACUUACCAUUUAUUUUACCUGAUAAAACGCCAUGACAUUAUUGUAUUCCUGGUAUCUAUUAACGUUUAAUUUCAUUGUGAUGAUAUCUUUAAGGUACGUGCAUCAGUUAUGAAUGUUUAGCCGUUAUCAUAUAUUUGGUGCUAUGAAAUGUUGUAUCAAUCCGUUACAAAAGUAUUGAUAAUAUAGGCUACUCUUGUAAUGUAAUUUUUAACCAAUAAGUCACAGUUUUAGAUGGUAAAUUCCUUGUUUUCCUACCUUCGGUGAUUACAUGUCUCAGCUUAUUCGAUGUUCCCAUUAUCACGAUUUCUGUAAAAGAUACCAACUACUGACCGAAGAUGUAGGUUGAUGAAGACCAUGGGAAAGUGUUAUUGUUGACAUCAUGAUCUAAUUUCGAAAUAAUAUUUACUUGACCGGUAUUAUUAUAUUCAGACACGCUCGAUGCUUGUUGACAUACCUGCUUGUUCAUUUAUCUUCUGAGGAUAUCACUUAACUCGGAUUUGACCUAGAUUUGCGUGGCGAUGAAGCAGAAGACGCUUAAUCUCAUUUUACUUGUCCGAUGGCCAGGCCCUAGUUUCAUCAAUGUUCUUUAACCUUAGGAAAUCCCUUAAUCUUAUAUUUGCCACAGGAAAGCAUUUAAGAAUUUAGAAAUGUUUAGUUAAAGAACUUUCCUUGACUUUCUUUAAUGCUUUCCUACGGAAAUAUUUAUGUUAAGGAAUAUUGAUGAAGCUGGUCUCUGGAGUGUUGGUAUUAUCUGUUGUUUUGUAUUGACACCACUUUAUCACAGUCGCAGAGGAAAUGUAUUUGAUAGUACGCAAAGUAUUGAAGUAAAAGUCAAAUCCGAUAUUCCGAUAUGGACAAGCAAUAUGUACAUGGUUUUUAUAAGCUAAAUCUAUGCCAAUAAACAUAUAAAAUGUUAUCUUGCCAAACGUUGUCUAUAACAUGUUGUAUUUUUACGUAAAAUGUUUCAUUGUUGGAAUAAACAUCGACAUUUUGAAUGUUC